AUCGCCGUAAUUCAGUGAAAGCAAAACACGCGUCGCCGCCGGCGUAGACGUACGCGCGCAAAAGUAGGAGGAGACGAGAGGCAACAAUGUCGCUUGUUUUCGUCGGACGGCGCGAGAAAAAGCGACGCGACAUUCGAAAGAUGUGAAUGAUGAGUGCCGGCGCCGACAGCAUGGUCGACGGAUUAACCUCGCCCGGUUACUACGGCCGGAGCGGCAUCCUAGAGACUCAUGUCCGCGGCCAGUGGUUCAGAGUGUUCGUCACGCUCGACGACGAUUUUCUAUGCAUCACGCUCGACGAGUCGUACGAGAACACGACGACCCUUAACGGCACGUUGAACAACAACAUCGAGACUCCGGGCGGUCUGUGCGAAACUCCGGACGUGCCCGAUUCCGUGGCGAACCACAAACGCGUGGUCCGAGUGAUUAAAUCAGAGAAUAACGGUUUGGGGAUUUCGAUCAAAGGCGGUCGGGAAAACAAGAUGCCGAUCCUGAUCAGUAAGAUUUUUAAGGGGAUGGCGGCCGAUCAGACGGAACAGUUGUACGUUGGUGACGCGAUACUGUCGGUUAACGGUGACGAUCUAAGGGAGGCGACCCACGACGAGGCCGUCAAAGCGCUGAAGAAGGCGGGGAAAGUGGUCGAACUCGAAGUGAAAUACCUGAGGGAGGUGACGCCGUAUUUCAGGAAGGCCAGCAUAAUUUCAGAAGUGGGAUGGGAAUUGCAGAGGGGAUUCCUGUCAGGCGCGCCGCCGGCCGUCAGGUUUCCGCAAAGGGCCGACACCCGUUACCUUCCGUUGCAGCUUUGCCACCUGGCCAGGAAUUUUCGCUUCCCGGAUCCCGAAAGUAGAACGUUGGAGCUUCACUCGCCAGAUGGCAUCCAUAGCUGCGUGCUACGCGCUGCUGAUCCCGCAGAAUCCGCAGCUUGGUUCAACACCCUCCAUUCCGCACUGGCCCUUUUAACAACGGCGGCCCUUCACGAAGCCUCGAGGGCUAUACCCGACCUCAGGCACAUAGGCUGGCUUCUGAGGAAACCCAAAAUCGAGAACCACACCUCGAGUUCCGAAAGCUCCGAAGAUAUGGACCGGUGGCACUCCAUAUUCGCGGCCGUAACCGACAGCGAAUUGCGGUUCUACGAAAGCGCGCCAUGGUCGGCGGAAGCUUGGAGAACACCAGCGGAAGCUUAUCCCCUGAUCGCUACCCGAUUGGUGGGGUCCGGAAAAAGGGACGAUUUUCCGGAAUUCAGCAUAAGGUGCGCGACGUCAGAUGGCGUGGUCACCCACAACUUGAGGGCGGAAACCCACAGGGACUUGGCGAUCUGGGCGAAAUCGCUGGUAAACGGGAGCCACGCGAGUGCUGUGACGCAGAAGGAGUUGGUGUGCAGGUGCGUGUGGAAAGGACGGCCCGCUCAGUUGGUGAUCCACUACGAAAACGGCUUUACCCUUCUCGAAGGGGGCACGGGCUCCAGGACAUUGUGGAGGUACUCUUUCGAGAGACUCAGAAACUCUUCCGACGACGGCAAGCGGUUUUUGUGGUUAGAUUUCGGUUCCGGUGAUGAAGGUGAAUUGGAACUGGACAUGGAAGGUUGCCCGAAACCCAUAGUGUUUAUCCUGCACAACUUCCUUUCUGCCAAGAUACAUCGACUGGGUUUAACGGCGUAAAUCACAUUGCUUUUUCUGACGGGCGAAGUCAAUUAGUAGUGUUUUACACAGUUUUUACUCGUGUUUGAAACUUUUAGUUAAAAAAAAACAUUCCAUGGUCCAACGAGUAAAAAAGUUAAGUUCAAAAAGUGUUUGGCUCUAAGUAUAUAUAUUAUUUAUAAUGUUUUUAUGUAUAUUUUUUGUCAUUAGGUAGAAUACGUAAGGUUCUGCGUUUGGUACCUUUUCAGCUUUUGUUCUAUUCUAUUCUUUUUUUUUUAAACAGUAGUUACUUAAAUUCGAUAUAAAAUCAACAUGUAACGCGAGUAAACAGAACUUAUUUCUACUUACAAACCGUUUUCUAACCCAGUGUCCUGAACAUUAUUUAUUACACCUAUUUUUAUACAUUUCGUUUUUUAUAAAAAAAAGUCCCGUGGUGUCAAGUCAGGGCUCCUCGCUGGCCAAUCCAUGGUCCCGUACCGACCAAUCCAAAAUCUCGAACAAAUUUAAAUAUCUCUCACCACUCAGAACUCAGUCAUAAAAUACUAAGCAUAUUACUGGAUAACGUAUAAUACCAUAUCAAUCAACCAAUCUCUUUUACAUGAUUUCUGAACUGGCACCGAUUUGAUGGUAUGGUCUAUCUCAGUCUUCAAAAUACAAAAGAACUUAUAGUUGUUUCUCCUCUCUUAGGAUAAUUUUUGGGCGAUAUUUUCAAUUAUUGACUACCACUGCAGGUCAAUUCGUGAAAAAAUACGUGUCAUAGGCAAAACAGGAUACAACAACCCAUAAUUCUGUCAAGGCUAACGCUAAACCCUUAUCAUUUCUUAUUUAACAUUCAUGAAGAUCUUAAACCCUAAAAAUGUGUACCCUACGUGUUUAGGGGGGUUUUGCAAUUAGUAAUAUGUUCUAUUUACUUGCAUUACGUAUAUAAGUACUUAGUGUUUAGUUUAAUGUCCAGUUACGGAACAAACACCGUCGUACCGAUCCACUGACAGUGUUGCCACACAAUAGAUGCAUACUUAAUAGAAAAGAUACAAAAUUAAAUAACAAAACAUUUCCGUAGCAUUCCAUUUAAAAAAAUGAAGUUGGUUACUGUCCUGGUACCACGGAACACCUCAUAUGCAUAAAAAUUCUAUAAAUAAAAUAUAUAAUUAGGGGCCAAACACUUUGUAUUUAACCCUGUUCGAUUAUUUAUCUUUAACAUCACUUACAAACACGCACAAACUAAACCCGAUAAAGUUGUGGCGUGACAAUUAACUGCAAAAAAUCUCUUCCAGUCGCGCUAGUGUACAUAAAUAAACAUGUAAUAUAGUGUAAACUAAAAGUAUAAAUAACAAUGAAGAAACGAUAUAACAAUGAAUAAAUGUGAUUGUGAUUUCUUCGACGUCUCGAUAGCUAUCGUUUUUCGAUGUUCCGUAUACUACCUAAUCUCAGAAAGAGACUGAAGCAAAAUUUGCUUGGACUAUUCAUUUAUUUUACUUUCGUGUAUACAUUUCGCCGUGGCCGCUAUCAACUUUUUGAUUUCGGAUUGAACACCCUGUAUAUUAAUAAUUAUUUAGGUAGGCCUUUGAAAGAGAAGUUCAAACCCAACGCUUCGGAGUUGUUGAUGUUCAUCUUCAUCACUUAUGCGAGGUAUUUCAGUCUUGUUUUAAUUUCUCUUUGCGCGUACUCUUCUAGUUUAUUUAUUUUGCGACACUUGCAUUGUUAAAUGGAAAAAAAUCCUACAGUGUUUCCAUACUGCGCGCUUCAUCAGCUUUCCCAUUAUUUUACUUAUUUUCUACAUAAUUUACAUAGCACAUUUUCAUUUAAUCAAAAAAUUUGAUGACGUAUUUUAUUAAUAAGUAUUGAUAGCCAACAUGAAACAGCUAUGGCACAUCAAGAAUAAGAUUUCAGAUGUUCUGUAUGGCCUCCAUUUUGGGUAUGCCGUAUCUAAAUGAAGUAUUGCCUCGAAGAAACUCAGCUUCAUUUAAAUACCAUCUGCCUUCAUGUAUUUAGCCCUAAGAAUACCUCAAAAAUUUCGAUGGAGUUUGGUCUGUGCUCCUUGGGGGCCAAGCAUAAUCACCGUGUUAACCAAUCCAUUCGCUAUACCGUGUAAUUAAAUAGUUUUCUAUGACUUAGUAUGGCUAAUGGUAUCGAAUCAUCACAGGUUCAAUAUCGUUCUGAGAAUUUAAAUUAUACCCUAAAAAGCUGUUGGGCCUGCAAUUUUAUUUUAAAUUCUACCCGACUCGUUAAUUUCAAUCGCCUGUUUUCUGGGCGAGUAAUGAGUGUUUUGUCAAGCUGAAGUAUUUAAUUUAGAUUCUUCAGUAUCAAUAAUGUCAAAAACAUCUUCAUGGAAACUUAAUAUUGAGAUCCCAAACUGACGGUAGAUUUUUUUAAAUGUUUUUUUAGCUGCUAUAACUUUAUAUUUAUUACUCAAUGAAUGACAUUCUAAAAUGUUCAUUUUCUCUAAUAAAAAAAAAGAGAUGUCAAAAUUUAAGUCAACGGAUCAGACGAUUGACACUGCCUGUUUUAAAUCUUCUUCAAUAUUAUUUUAUUUGCUCUUUGCUAUAUAUAUAUAUAUAUAUAU